AUGGAAGGCACUGGAAGUGACGACCGCAGCAACGAGAAAGACGAUGCCCCCAGCGCUGAUAAGUACGCUGCAGAAGUGUCCAAUGAAGCUGCUGUGGUUCAAUCAGGUUCCGAACUCGGGUGUGAUGGAGCUUUGAGUAAUUUUCAUGAGGCAGUAAAACAGGGAGGAUUUGAUCAACAGUUGACGGAUCUAAUUUUGUCUGAACCUGAUCGAAAAAAACGACCAGAGGACCAAAUUCCAUUGGAAAAAUGCGAUUGGUUCAACACUGAUGACCCCAUGGAUUCGGAAGAUGAACUAUUUGCACGUGAGUAUUGCAGCCAACGUGUCCCGGACAUGGGUGCCAUUUACGAGAAGAUGGAUCCACAUGGUGUUCGUAAAUACGCGCACCACUCAGUGUCAACAAUGGAGCGUACUUUGGGGCGUGUUUACCAGGUGAAUCAGCCGCUGUUUGAUGAGGAAGCUGUCAACGAGAGCCACAACACUUAUGAGUUGCCGUCGCACUUACAGGAAGAUUCUGAUACGACCGACAAAACACCUAUUAAUGAGGACGAGACUACACACCGAGUAUCGGACAACAUUAGAGACACUUCAGGUGACGACAUUUCGCCUGAUGGUUCGGAACCUAGCGACUCGGAUGAAUAUGAACUCUCUAUUGAAGACUCUGACGUUGACACAAACGACAGUGUGAUAGAAGACGAUGCGUUUCGUUACUUUGUGAAGCUACCGAUGCUUUCCUGGACUACCUCCGACAGAGAUGCAUUGGAAACCGCUCGUGCUAAAUUGUCGAGUUACAACCGCCACUACAAGGAGAAACCUCGAGAACCGGGUAUAAGCAGCCCUUAUUCAGUGUUCACUUCGGAACCAUGCAGUGGUGUCGGUGUUAGCGACGGUUCGUGCGAUAUGUCUCUGUCUGAGGAGCUGGCAGCAUUGGGAACUGUCAAGAUGGACCCUAUAGAGUUACACAUUGAGGAAUACACGCACAGUGACCUUUUGAACGACAUUGACGCAUACGAAGCAGCUGAGUACCCACCUGAAGUGGCUGAGAUAUGCACUUCUGAUGCUGACUUGCCCAUUUUUACUAUGGCAGACUUUGUACCCCGUUACUCCGACGUCAAUGUGGUGGAUCCUCAAAUUUACGUUUCCGUACCGAAAUCGAGCAUUAAGGAAAGUGAAACAGGUAUGACUGUGGUGAACGAAGGAUUUCUUGUAAAACGGGUUCGCGACAAACGGCUGGGUCACCAAGUAUCUGACAUUCCACUUGUAUCUGAACCUCAGAUUGGUACUAUUUUGAUACCAAACGAGUUCGGCUAUAUGGAUCAGAAUAUUCGUUAUUUGGCUGACGAGAUUGGCGUGAUAUCACGUUCAUUGGUCUUUGUUCCGGAUAUUUCCGAUAAUGACCUUGUCUUUUCGCUAACCCUGAACAGGUUGAUAAAGUUGAUACAAACAACGUUUAACGUUGAUCGUAUAGCGUUGGUAGCACUUGGAAGUCAGGGUCGUAGGGUGAUUCAUUACACCUAUACUGCUAUGCUUGAGACUGUGCAGCGCACGCUGAACGAUUUUAAAGAGGUUGACCCUAAGUUUGAACGCGAUAAGUACCGUAGUUUGAGCAACUUUGGUCGACUGCAUAACAUUGUACGGCGCCAAAGCACAACGAUGCUGGAUGAUAUAGUCCGUGGUAUCCAGGCUAUUGAGCACAACGAGAGCAUAAAGGCCGCUGAACGGUCACGCGACUACAAUGUUGUGAAGCCACUAUCUAACAUUUUGCAAAGUAUCGUUUUGUGGGACAGCGUAGGUGUCAAUUUCAAAGAGGUUGCUGAGCUAGGCGUGCCAGUGCUGUUCAAUAUGUCAAACCGCGUCAAUCUGUUUGACGGACUACUGCGUCUAGAUAACCCAAAGUUCCUUGUGCAAAAGGAGCGGUGCCUAAAGAAUGAUAGCCGCGUUCCCAUAAAUAUGUUUGACUUUUUGGAUGGGGAACUACCUCGUGAUCUCUCUGAUGUGAUCACUGAGCAUGUGCGUCUGCGUUAUAUCAAUAGAGGGGACAGUGCAGCAGAUGAAUUGGAUACGUACCACAUGAGUACCAAUCAUACAGGUAUUGAUGUUUACAUAAACGUGUUCAAGCAGGCUUCCGGCCACUUCUACAUGAAGAAGCCGGAUGCGCCGACUUGCGAAUUGACUUCGAUGGGCAAUGCAAUCCUUUCAUGUGCAGACUGGAUAAGCAGCUGGUGCUUCUGA